AUGAAACACCUGCUGCUGCUCACCCUGUCUGCCCUGCUCUGCUGCUGGGUCUCAGCUGACACUAGAUGUCAUUCCUGCUACAAGGUCCCUGUGCUGGGCUGUGUGGACCGCCAGUCCUGUCGCCUGGAGCCAGGCCACAAAUGCUUGACAACAAAUGUGUACCUUGGGAAGAUGUGGGUCUUCUCUAACCUGCGCUGUGGCACACCAGAGGAGCCUUGUGUGGAGGCUUUCAACCAAACCAACCACAGGCUGGGCCUGAACUACAACACUACCUGCUGUGACAAGGACAACUGCAAUAGCCCAGCUCCGAGGCCCACGCCUGCCCUGGCUCUUGUCUCUCUCACCUCCUUGGCUGGCCUUGGCCUUUGGUUAUUGCACUGA